AUGACUGACUGCAAUUCGAUAAAAACGCCUGCUGAGAACCAACAACCAGACGAAACAACCAACGGUCCUCUCGACAGCUCCAUUCCUUAUCGCUCUGCUGUGGGCUGUCUGAUGUAUCUGGCUUGUGCCACUCGUCCGGAUAUAGCGUACGCGGUAUCAAAGGUUGCUAGAUCAAUGGCUAAACCAACGAUUUUUGACUGGAUCUCCAUUAAGCGGAUAUUUAGAUAUCUUCGAGGUACCGCUAAUCUUGGUCUACACUACACUUCGACUGGUGGUGGGCUUUGUGCGUACUCAGAUGCAGACUUUGCAGGUGAUCUCAAUACACGAAAAUCAACGAACGGCUUCGUCUCCCUUAUUGGUGGUACCGCAAAAUUUUGUUUAAACACUCAAGAAAUAUCCCUAACAUAUCCCACAGAACAUUCGACAGGAUAUCCACAGGAUGUCCUUAGGACUGAAAAGUGGUCAUUGUUUGCUAUUUCUAAGGAUGUCCUGAGGAAAUUCCAUGGUAUCCUCAGGGCGUCCGGUGAACUAUUCUCAGGAUGUCCUGAGGACUAA